AUGCUAAUCACAAAGCCAAUCAACAGCAAUAACUACAGUCCAUAUGUGCCUUUCCUUCGCAACAUUCGCGUCGUGCUAGGCUUCCUGGCAAUGGAGCAGCCAUCCCCUCUUGUCGAUUCGAAAACGAUGCGGUCGCCGCUGACGGACGCCAGUAAUAGAGUUAAUUGUCACACUCCGGUUACGGAACGAGGAUCGAUGAGGGAGGAGUACGCCUUGACUUCGCCAGUGCCCAUGUCCAUUGUGGAUAGCCCUCUGUCGGCCGAAAUUCAUGCAGAAAGGAACUGUUUCUCUCCAGUAAUUGACUCCAGAAGCGGCUCCAAGCGGAACUCGACUGUCUCGGCGUCCUCAAUUGUCUCAGCCAAAGGUAAGAGAAAGACACAUGUUGGGCCAUGGCAGCUAGGCAGAACACUCGGCAGCGGGGCCACAGGCCGAGUGAGACUGGCGAAGCAUGCAGCAACAGGCCAAACGGCGGCGAUCAAAAUUGUCUCGAAGAAGUGCGCUGCUAUAUCGCAGAGUGAUAGCAUCGCCGCGAUGGACAAGAACGCAGGGAACUUCAUUGGAACAGGGGCGAGACAGAUGCCCUCUGGUAUUGAACGGGAGGUAGUGAUCAUGAAGCUCAUCGAGCACCCAAACGUGAUCAGCUUAUAUGAUGUGUGGGAGAACCGGGGCGAGUUGUAUCUUGUCUUGGAAUACGUCGAGGGUGGAGAGCUGUUCGACUACGUCUCCAAUCAUGGACCGCUCCCAGAAGAAGAGGCAGUUCGGCUCUUUCGACAGAUAAUAGCUGGCCUCGGGUAUUGUCACCGUUUCAAUAUUUGCCAUCGGGAUCUAAAACCAGAGAACAUUCUACUGGAUGGCGAGCAUAACAUCAAGCUUGCUGACUUUGGAAUGGCUGCCCUUCAACCUGCGGGCCAUUGGCUCAAUACCUCUUGUGGAAGCCCGCAUUAUGCGGCUCCGGAAAUUAUCUACGGCCGCAAAUAUCGGGGCGACAGGGCAGAUCUCUGGAGCUGUGGAAUCAUCCUGUACGCAUUACUCACAGGCUUUCUCCCAUUUGAUGGAGGGGAUCUCCAUAAUACUCUACAGCUCGUUCGAAAGGGCGACUACGUGAUUCCUCCUGGUAUAAGCGAUGAGGCAGCGGAUCUUAUUCAGCGUAUUCUACAGAAAAAGCCAGAGGAGCGAAUCAGCAUGAAUGAUAUCUGGAGACAUCCGCUCCUCCGGAAGUACGAAAAGUUUCACCAGGCCAUAUGUAACCAUUACCUGGGGCCACCACCUCCUUUAUCAUCUCAGGAUUGCGGCCCGCCGGUUGUGAGGCAGGAUAUUGAUGUCGAUCUGCUCCGCAAUCUCCAGACUCUCUGGCAUGAUGUCAAACCUGAACAACUCAUCGAGAAACUUGUGAGCUUGGAGCCAACCCAGGAGCGACUGUUCUACCAUGCCCUUGUCAAGUUCAGAAACGAACAAUUGGAGAAUUACCAAGGUCAGCCUCUCAGGUAUUCAGUCAGUGACUACCAUCACAUUUCGCGAGGCCAGGCUCGGCUGUCUAAGCACUUGCGGAACCGUUCACAGAAUCGAUCACAACGACGUUCUCGACCCCCGUCAGUCAAAGAAACCGGCAAGCGCAGGCCCUUAACAAGGGAGCCAAAAUCAUCAGCUACCGUUGAUAGUUACGACCCAUUCAGGUCCCCGUUCAAUCCUGUAGUACGAGACAAAUCACCAGAAUACGCCCGCGUUACCAUCCACCGAGAUGUAUCUCAGACGAGCGUUAAGCCUGGUGAAGUGGAACACGACACGUCAAACCCAUUUCUCGACGAUGACCAGGAGAUAGAAUGCCAACAGAGCCCGCCCUUCACUCUAGUACGGAAAAGGAAACACAAGUUAAACUCUGUCAAGUCAUUUCAAUCGAAGACGUCGCUUGCUGGGCCGCGUAGGGCGCCGAGUUCCGUGUCUGCGCCUCGAUCCAUCAGCUAUAAGCGGAAUGUUACUUUCCGCCACAAGAGGAACCGUUCGCAAAGUUCUGCCUCUGCUAGAACGAAGAGGACUCACCAUAAUCGACAAGCAAGCGAGGCCAGUCUUAUAUCAGGGCUUGAUGAUGAUCCUUUUUCAGAUCCACAAAGUAGCCCCAUGCUACCGGCUCAGCCAACAGUGGUCCGCGGCGCUGGCAUUGCUGUCAAGCAGAGCGCACAGCGGAAAUUGCAGCAUUCCGACUUUUUCUGGAGAGAUGAUGCACGCAAAGUCUCGCAUGAGCUGAGCAAAAUCUGUGAAGAAGCUUUCAAUGGAAGUUCGAUGACCACUGGCUGUACUGACACAACUUGCGCAGGCCCAGAAACACCAGCCACAUCCGUUUCAAUAGCUAGUCCUGGAAUUUCCAACCAUCAGGUAGAUGGUAGCAGCUCCACGAUCUGCCUGGCAGCGCGACAAUCGGCAGACUCGCCAAAAACACAUGCUAGCAGGGAACUAGAAGAAACCCGCCGCAGGCUCAUCGAGCACUCAACCAAGGAUGGCUCAAAAGACGUCCCCGAAUACCUUGCUCCGGUCAUCAAACAUCUUGACCGAUUAAUCGAGCAAGAGAAGGCCCGACGGCCUGGCAAAGCUAGUCCGGAGGAGGCUCAUCGAUUAAAGAGCAAUUCAGCAUCCAGGUCCUCAGUGGAAGCUACUCAAUUCUCAAUCGUUACCGAAAGCCUGAACGCCGCCGACAGAACAGAGGCUAUAACACCCUCGAAGAAAGCGCGACAGGUAUCCAGCUCGACCGCUGCAAGCAGCCACCGAAGCGACAUUAGUCGGGGAAAACGCUCCAUUCGGAUGGUCCCUCUGAGCUCCUUCCAGUCAAUCGACAACACCGCAGUCGUUAUCGGACAUAAGAGCGACAAGAGCAACACCUUAGUCUCACGAGUCGCCUCCAACUCAAGGCAUAGCCGAACUAUGUGUGAGUUGGAUCCGAUUUCUGAAAACCCGGCGUCACCGCGACGCAGUGCUGUCCGAACUUCAGACCACAAGAAGUGGUCCUGGUUUAGGAAAUCCCAGAACAUUGAAGGGGACUUGGUUAAGGCGCCCAGAGUGAUCAAACCUUUACACCCCAGCUCGGCAACAGUCAUCGUCCAUGAAGUUCAUCCUGCAGCAGAUAUGGGGAUAACCGCAGAAGAUCAACCGAAGCUUCACAAGCCAUCCCCUGAAUCACAAAAGACUUCUUUCUGGAGCUUCAUUAAGAGAAAACCAAAGCAAAAUGCCGAACCAGACCCGACAGCCACAGAUCCCCUCCUCGAACGUCCUCUCGCCAACGAACAGCAGCAGCCACCACAAGAACCAAAACAACCCGAGAUUCAGAAAGCUUCCAAAACUUGUCGCACCCCGCGAUCCAACGGCAAAAGCAACAACUGGUUUGCGCGCGUCUUCCAGUUCAAACCCGCAACUCGCGUUGUCGCCCUAAACGCCUCAAAGAUCAAAGGCCGCAAGGAGAUCUACAAGAUUCUCCGCGAAUGGAAACAAUACGGCAUUGAAGAUAUCCACCUCGACAAGGCUAAUAGUGUUGUAUACGGCCGGGUUGGCGCGUCAAAUUUCCUCCGCCUCCGACCCGUCGAGUUCUCCGCAGACUUCUACACGGUUAUCGAAGAUGGCCGACAAGCGAAUCUCUCUCUCGUUCGAUUCAGACAGGAGCACGGGGCAGCCUCGUCAUUCAAUAAAGUCGUAGAUACACUCUGCAUGAUUAUGAAGCAGCGCGGUCUGCUAGUCGAGGACCCCGCGCGUGCGAAGAAAAUGGCGCAAGUGCUGGAUGCGUUUCCGAAUGCUUGA